CACUCGAGCCCGCCCGGGUCUCUUCCUCUUCCAUUGAUUCCAUUCAAGAUCACUACUGUUACCAGCCAGCCAGUCGUUCGUUAAGAAGAGAGCGAGCGAGCAAGAGAGAGAGAGAGGGAGAAGGGGGAAGAUCAGAACGAAGAGAGGGAGAUGAGGGGGCAAACGCAGACAGCUUCCGCGGGGGGCCGGUGGCGAGGCGACGGCGCUGCGGCGUGGUGUUGGUGGUGGGUGGCCGUGGUCCUCCUGCUUGGCCAUUUACCGAGCUGCGCGCGCGCGGGGCUGCUGGAGUCCAACCCGGGCCUGGCCUACAACUUCUACAAGAACAGCUGCCCCAGCGUGGACUCCAUCGUCCGCAGCGUCACCUGGGCGCAGGUCGCCGCCAACCCUGCCCUCCCGGCUCGCCUCCUCCGCCUCCACUUCCAUGACUGCUUCGUCAAGGGCUGCGACGCGUCGAUCCUGCUGGACACCGCGCAGAGCGAGAAGACGGCGGCGCCGAACCUGUCGGUGGGCGGGUACGAGGUGAUCGACGCGAUCAAGGCGCAGCUGGAGAGGGCGUGCCCGGGCGUGGUGUCGUGCGCCGACAUCGUGGCGCUGGCGGCGCGCGACGCCGUGUCGUACCAGUUCAAGGCGUCGCUGUGGCAGGUGGAGACGGGGCGGCGCGACGGCACGGUGUCGCUGGCGUCCAACACGGGGGCGCUGCCGUCGCCCUUCGCGGGCUUCGCGGGCCUGCUGCAGAGCUUCUCGGACCGGGGGCUGAACCUGACGGACCUCGUGGCGCUGUCGGGGGCGCACACCAUCGGCGUGGCAAGCUGCUCCAGCGUCACCCCGCGCCUGUACCAGGGGAACGCCAGCAGCGUGGACCCGCUGCUGGACUCGGCCUACGCGCGGACGCUCAUGUCGUCGUGCCCCAACCCGUCGCCGGCGUCGGCCACCGUGGCGCUGGACGGCGGCACGCCGUUCCGGUUCGACAGCGGGUACUACACCAGGGUGCAGCAGAGGCAGGGCACGCUGGCCUCCGACGCCGCGCUGGCGCAGAACGCCGCCGCCGCGCAGAUGGUGGCCGACCUCACCAACCCCAUCAAGUUCUACGCCGCCUUCUCCAUGUCCAUGAAGAAGAUGGGCCGCGUCGACGUGCUCACCGGCGCAAACGGCCAGAUCAGGAAGCAGUGCCGCCAGGUCAACACCUCCUGAUCAACAAGGCGUCACAGGGAGGGGCCAUGGUUUUUCCCUCUUCGUUCUUCUCUUUUUCUGCACCGCCUGGUAUUAUUGUUCCAUGCAUCCGGUUUCGGCUCGGCUUCGGCUCGGCGCGCAUCAAAUAUAUUUCGCCCCCGCGCCGUGAUUGAGGGCCCUCCUCCGACGAAAGAAAUCCAUUGCUUUCUUUGUUAUUUAUA